AUGUUCUGCUGUGAUGGCUCUUCUUUUGGAAAUACAAGUGCUGCUGGAUUUGGAGUUGUUGUCAGAGAUCAUGAUUGUCAAGUACUUGGUACUCUCACUGGAGGAAUAGGUAUUGCUUUUAACUACACAGCAGAAGUUUAUGCAAUUAUUUGUGCAAUGGAAUUGGCAAUAGAAUGGUGUAAAGAAAAGAUUCUAAUUGUCUCAGACUCACAAAUAGUAAUGAAUGAAUUUAUUCAUGGACAAAUUCCUUGGUUCAUAAGAAGCAUAUGGAAGCAGGCUGUGGGUAAGUUUUCACAAAUCAAAUAUAAUCACUGUUAUAGGGAGGUUAACUUUUCAGCAGAUUCUGUUGCAAAGAAAGGUGCAAACUUGGCUCCAGGUGAAAGACAACUUUACACAGGAAGACCUUCUUCUCUGAGAAGAGUUGAAAUGUCAAAUGUGAAGUAUCAUAGAUUCUGUUAA